AUAAAGAUAUAUAGAAAGGGUGGAACGGAAACUGGAUAGUAGAAUCGGAAUUGACACUCGAGUCUGGAGAUAAAAUGAAUUGGUUAAACCCUAAUGAGGGAGGAUUGCGCGAUGCAUUUCCGUCUAUAAUUUGCCCAUCCUGUGCCCAUCCCAUUCGAUUCCAACGUCAGGGUGGAUUCGAAGGCUGGGGGAGGCUUCCGGCGGGAGUGAAGUUCGAUCCAAGCGACCAACAGAUUCUGGAGCAUUUGGACGCCAAAGUUAAACACGAUAAGCGAAAGCUUCAUCCACUUCUCGAUGAAUUCAUCCUCACUUUAGACGGUGAAGAUGGCAUUUGUUACACCCACCCUCAAAAUCUCCCUGGUAUGAGAAAAGACGGGGAAAUCCGGCACUUUUUUCAUCGCCCGUCCAAAGCGUACACUGCCGGCUCCAGGAAACGCAGGAAGGUUCAAACAGACAAAGAAGGCACUGACACAAGAUGGCACAAAACCGGCAAGACAAGGCCAAUCAUUGGCGCCGACGGUGGCGUUGUGAUGGGUUUCAAGAAGAUUUUAGUUUUGUAUUCAAAUUAUGGGAGUGAAAGGAAGCCGCAAAAGACGAACUGGAUAAUGCAUCAGUAUCAUCUGGGUGUUACCGAGCACGAGAAAGACGGCCAAUUGGUAGCUUCUAAGGUCUUCUUUCAGAAACAGCCUCGCCAGAGCUCCUUAACCCACCAGAACAGUAUUGUUAAACAAUGGAGCGGCGGAGACGGCGGCUAUUCGCCUGACACCAGUGCAGUUUUUGUUGAUUACGGCAACCCGAUGAUGAGUUCUUUGUUUGAGAUUGGAGGAGGGGAGAAAGUACAUAGAGAAUUCGUUUUAGGAGAAGGAGAAGCGUCUUCUUCUGUUGUUGUGAGUGGGUGCACAUUCAACCCACUCUAAUACUCGACAGACAACUUUCAAUUGAGUGGUUUCUUCCAACUUCAAAUGUUGGCUACUUUGGUGUGGAAUGGAUGUGUCACAAUAUUGAGAUUAUUUAACCAUUUGUAAUAAUAUUUAAACCAUUCAAAAUAUAUUGUUUUGGUUUGGAAUAAGAAUUGAUAUGUAAUUGAUAUCUUAUUAUUCAAUACAGAAAGCGAUAUACUAUAUUCAAGUAUAUAC